GCGAGAGUUACUGUACUUGUAACCUGCUUCAGAGAGUCUGCUCGGCGGCCUCGGAGAGCCAUGGCGGGGAAGCGGCCGCUAGUAGUCUUGUUCGACCUGGGCGGCGUCCUUUUGGGUAGCACUCAGAUGGUUUUCCGAAAUCUGGAGAAGACAAUGGGCUUGCCUGGAGAUUUCUUUCAAAAAGUUGUUCAACAUGGUGGCUCUGAUGGACCUUUCUCCAAAGGGAUGACUGGACAGAUUGGAUUAACUCAGCUUAUUGCUGACUUUGAAGAUGAUUGCAAGAAAGUUUCUUCUACUUCUAAUAUCCCCCUCCCUGAAAACUUCUCAUUGAGCGAGAGUUUUGUCGAAAUGAUGGCAAAAAGUGGCUUGAAUGUACCCUUCCUGAAGGCUGCUACGCUUCUCAAGAAAAAUGGUUUCAGAAUUGCUGUUCUGACAAACAACUGGAUUGAUGAUACUCCUGGCAGGCAUCAAACAGCAUUUGCCUUAUGUCUGUUGAGGAAAUAUUUUGACAAGGUGAUUGAGUCCUGUCGGAUUGGCCUGCAGAAACCAGAUCCCAAGAUUUACGAGUAUGCAUUACAUGAGCUGAAUGUAACACCUGAAGAGGUUAUUUAUCUGGAUGACAUUGGUGCAAACUUAAAGCCUGCUCAGAAGAUGGGGAUGACAACAAUCCUAGUGAAAGAAGCUGAUUCUGCUUUGAAGCAGCUUCAGGAUCUGACUGGGGUUCAGCUUCUUGACCAGGAAGACUAUCUUCCUUCAGCAUGUGAGCCCCAAGAUGUGGCCCAUGGAUAUGUAAAAAUCAAGCCAGACACCGAGUUGCACUUUGUGGAGAUGGGGAGUGGUCCAGUGAUUUGCCUCUGCCACGGAUUUCCAGAGUCCUGGUUUUCUUGGAGGUUCCAGAUUCCUGCCCUUGCUGAUGCUGGCUUCCGUGUCAUUGCCUUGCAAAUGAAAGGCUAUGGAGAUUCUGUGGGUCCACCAGAUACAGAAGCCUAUUCUCAGGAAGAAAUUUGUAAGGAUUUGGUGAUCUUUCUGGACAAAAUGAGCAUUGCUCAGGCGACAUUCAUUGGUCAUGAUUGGGGUGGUGCCACAGUGUGGAAUAUGGCUCUCUUUUACCCAGAGCGGGUCAAGGCAGUGGCUGGAAUAAAUACACCCUAUUCACCUUCAAAGGCUGGAGUCGAUAUUGUGAAAAGGCUGGAAGCCAUUCCUGUUUUUGAUUAUCAGUUGUACUUCCAAGAGCUAGGAGUCGCAGAGGCUGAACUGGAGAAAGAUAUAAUCCGAACUCUGAAGAUUAUGAUCCGAUCUACCAGGAAAGAGGAUAAAAUGGAAGGACCUUCUCUUAGUACAGCCGGAGUUAGGAAGCGAGGGGGGCUGUUUGCGGGGCUUCCUGAAGAUACACCUCCAAGUUCUCUUCUUCCAGAGCCAGUCCUCCAGUACUAUGUACAACAAUUUAAAAAAUCUGGAUUCAGGUGUCCACUGAACUGGUAUCGAAACCUGGAAAGAAACUGGUCUUGGGGUGCUUCUGCCCAGGGCAGAAAGAUCACAGUUCCUGCCCUGAUGGUUACUGCUGGAAAAGACAAGGUUCUCAGUCCAGAAAUGAGCAAGCACAUGGAGAACUGGAUUCCACAAUUGACUCGUGGCCAUAUUGAAAACUGUGGACAUUUCACACAAAUGGAGAGGCCUGCAGCUCUGAACAAAAUCCUGAUCGACUGGCUGGAAGAGGUUCACAAAAAUGCUUCGUUGCAAACAACCGCCAAGCUUUGAAGAGGACUUCAGCCCACAAAUUGGCUAAACUGUUAGCCAAUUCAUUUAUGGAAGGGGGAAAUAAUUCAUAAGAUAAUUGGUUAUGGAGCUCUUGCAGUGCUUUUGAUAUAUACUGUAUCUUCAGUGCAUUGGAAAGAAUUAGUCAUGAUCCUCAUAAAAGGAGUUUUAAAAAAUAACCUAAAUCGAAUGCUGAAAACAUAACCAUGCUGAGGUUAUGCUAUCCUUUGAUCACUAUCCUUUUGAGUCAAAAGAGAAGAAAAAAUAUAUAAGAAAAUUCGUUAUGGCCCGGGUGUGUUUGGACCAUGAUUUAUUUAAG